GUGGGCUGGUCCUGAGCAGCUCGAGAGCGAGAUUGAGAUAGUUUGGAGACGAGGUCUGGACACGAAUUCCACUCCUCUCGCGUCCCUAAUUUAGAGAAGUGUAUGCAGUGAGGGGUCUGCGCGCCUUUCCAGGUGGAAUUCCGAUAGGAGCUGGGACUAAACUAACUGGCUCGAGUGGUGAACUCGGUUCAGGACAGGUGAAAUCCCCUGCGGGCAUCGCGAGCGUAGUGAAGGUUAUGAGAUCUUUUCAUUCUCUGAGGGCAUGGAGGAAUGCCAGUCUUGGCAGUUUACACCGUGGACAGGCCCCUUCCCAUUCUAAGUGAGAAUUAAUGGCGUGUGCGUUCAAGAAAUUCUCCAUUUACAAAAGACUAACACGGGAUAUCAAAUUAUCCAUUCGGCGCUUGGUUCGGUGAAGGAAUUCGGGAAUUUUCUGAAGUGCAUUGGAUUCAGUUUGUAACUGAGAAGUGUCGCAUGUUUUAGUUGAAAAAUAAAAGCCAAAACCAUGACAAAUAAACAAAACGGAAAUCUGUAAUCGUUUUUUGAUGGACCGAUAUGUGAGUAAAGGAAUGAUAUAGCCUAACAUUUAACAAAAGGAGGGCGAGAGAGAGAACACACAAUGAAGGAGAAAUCCAAAACUGCCGCAAGGACUAGACGGGAAAAGGAGAACAGCGAAUUUUAUGAACUGGCCAAAAUGUUGCCUUUACCCUCGGCUAUUACGUCGCAGCUGGACAAAGCGUCUAUAAUACGACUGACAACAAGUUAUCUGAAGAUGCGAAUUGUCUUUCCUCAGGGUUUGGGUGAGGCUUGGGGUCACACGAGUCGAACGAGAUCUUUGGACAAUGUAGGACGUGAGCUGGGAUCCCACCUUCUCCAGACACUGGAUGGCUUCAUCUUUGUUGUGGCGCCAGAUGGAAAGAUCAUGUACAUCUCCGAGACAGCAUCAGUCCAUUUGGGACUCUCUCAGGUAGAGCUGACCGGGAACAGUAUUUACGAAUAUGUUCACCCAGCUGACCACGACGAAAUGACUGCAGUCCUGACACCACAUCAGCCGUACCACUCGCAUUUCGUCCAAGAAUACGAGAUGGAGCGCUCUUUCUUCUUGAGGAUGAAAUGCGUGCUGGCGAAGAGAAACGCCGGCCUCACCAGCGGUGGAUAUAAGGUGAUUCACUGCAGCGGUUACCUGAAGAUCCGUCAGUACAGCCUGGACAUGUCGCCUUUCGACGGCUGCUACCAGAACGUGGGCCUUGUGGCGGUGGGACACUCUUUGCCUCCCAGCGCUGUGACGGAGAUUAAGCUGCACAGCAACAUGUUCAUGUUCAGAGCCAGCCUCGACAUGAAACUGAUCUUCCUUGACUCGAGGGUGGCAGAGCUGACAGGUUACGAACCCCAGGACCUCAUUGAGAAGACCCUGUACCACCACGUCCAUAGCUGUGACACCUUCCACCUACGCUGUGCUCACCACUUGUUGCUGGUGAAGGGCCAGGUGACCACUAAGUACUACCGUUUCCUAGCCAAACAGGGAGGCUGGGUGUGGGUGCAGAGCUACGCCACCAUCGUCCACAACAGCCGCUCCUCCAGACCCCACUGCAUCGUCAGCGUCAACUACGUCCUUACAGAUACUGAAUAUAAGGGAAUGCAGCUCUCCUUGGACCAGAUGACCCCUAGCAAGCCAGCGUUCUCCUACACCAGCCCUCCGAUCACUACAGAGGAGAGGAAUGGGACCAAGUCCUGUAUGAUACACACCAAGGCCAAAGUCAGAGUGUCCCCCUAUCCACAGCAGUUUUCAGCCUUUCACCCAGAGCAUUCCGAGUCCGACCAGGACAGCCAAUGGGGAGGUAGCCCCCUGACAGACUCCGCCUCCCCUCAGCUGCUGGACCAAGGGGAGGGAGCGGAGGGCGGUGCCUGCGCCUACAGACUCUACCCCGACUCCGGCUCCCUGUGCUACGGCCUGGCCCUCUCAGAGGAGGACCUCACGCACACCCACACCCCCACCCACCCUCACGCCCCCGCCUGCGACCGUGGUGCCAGCUGCCAGGCUGGUCGCUACUUCCUGGGCGCUGCUCCCCAGUCUGGACGGGAGGCCUGGUGGGAUGCCACGCGCUCUGUCCUCUCCCUGCCCAAGUCAUCUCUGGAGAACGGCGAGGGCUACGACCUCACUUCCUAUCACAGCCUGGUCCAAGGAAGGGGCCACUGGGACGAGGAGAGCGUGGUCAGCUCACCGGAAGGGGGCGGUGGCUCCACCUGCGACUCAGGUGAGCGUUACCGCGGCAGCACUGGCGGUGACCAUUUCCAGGCGAGCCCUCAGGAGCCCAGCAAGAUGGAGACAUUGAUCCGCGUCACGCAGCAGAUGAUCAAGGAGGAGGAGAGCCGCCUGCAGCUGCACAAGGGGCCCCUGGAUGCCCUGGGCCCUGUGGGGGGCCUCUCCAACAAGAGCCACAGACCCUGCUCCUUCACCCCCUCCUCCCUGCCCCUCCCCCAGACCGCCAUGCCCAGCGUGGUGUGUCGUGGCCCGGGAGUCGCCAACGGCAUCAACGUCACCCUCACUUCCGAGCGCCUCCAUCACCGCAACGAUGGCGGAAAGGUUUUGGGUUCCCACGACAACGAUGACAAGAACACGGCCAGCCCGGCCUCUCUGUCUCGCCUCAGCAGCCCCAGCUCCGACGGGAUCCCCAGGUCGGGCCUGUCUGUCUCCAAAGACUACCUGCAGAGUCAGACAGACAUCUCGCCCCACCACAACCCUCCAGGGCAGCAGGGGAGCCCUCAGCUCUACCCUGCCCAGGAGAGGCAGCCCCUGGACAGGCACGCAGCCUACACCCUGACCGGCUACUCCCUGGACCACCUGUACGACGCGGAGAGCCUGAGGAGCUACUCUGGGCUGGGAGGAGCCCAGUACGGCAUGCUGCCCCACAUGAGGAUGCAGGCCGACCAGAUACAAGGACACAAGGGCACAUCGGUGAUCAUCACCAAUGGGAGCUGACCGUACAUGACUGACAUAAAGACAGACCAAUAGUGUCUCAUUGAAGGAGUAUAUGUGGGACUUACGAACUUACUCCUCAUAAAAUAGGGUCUGAUCCGAUUUUAGCGCCUGACAUAGGGGUUAGGAUAUUCCCUAUAACACAGGUCUUCUCUGUCACACUUUACUGAGCCCAAGAGAGCCCAGAACAGCAAGCAAAAUGGUUGCAAUGAUGUUAUCUUUUGUUAUGCCUUAGUCAGGUUGUAUACUGAUUAUAAAAGAACAUUGUUUCAAUGUCUUUUUACCAACCAGAAAAAUACAUCUUUAACUGGUUUUAAUCUGGUUACCUGAUGAAAUAGCAUACAAAUUAUGACAUCUUUCCCAUAUGUCUUGAUGUUAUCAUAAAUAAACAGUUUUAACUGUAAUCUGACAUCUCUACAACAACAACAAAAAACUGUUCACAACCAGAAACUGACGUCAUUAUGACAUUCCAUGCCAAAUUUUGCCCUCUGGGCAAUUUCAUCCCCCCCACCCCUGCAUUGAACUGAGAUGCUGUGGAAAGGCUUUUCAAGUUUUCAGUGAGUUUCCAGCUUGGUUAAAGAUAAACCCAAUGUUUUUGUCCCAACAUAGUGUCACGCACCAGUAACUAGGCCUACCGAAAGGAACUUUUCCCAAGGUAGUAGACAAUGUGCAAUUCCAUUGUAUACACCCCAUGACCUCAAACCUGAUAAAGCAUUGAGUAACUUCAUCACAAAAACUUAAAUGGGGGGGAAAGUCGUUCUUUAUAAAAAUGCUAAUGUUUUUCUAUAUUUAAUUGUCAACAUGUUGAUUUUAUUUUAUUUUAUUAAAUGUCAUGUUUACGGUCAAAGUAUAACAUUUGGUGGCAGGGUUACUUUAGUUUCAAUGUUGGCAUUAUCUUUGCAUCCCAUUUGCCAAAUUUCCCCUGUUAGUAGAAGUCUUAAGGCAUGACAACAACGUUUAUCACUUUAAACUUCUGGUUCUUCAUCAUGUGUUUGAAUUGAAAAAUAAUAUUGUUAUGUUCAGUUUUCUUACCCCCAAAAAUAUGUAAAGUAUCUCUUGUCUAACUUUAUUUAUGAUGUAAAUAUGUUCAGAAAUGGCUUUCUUUUUUGGACAACAGGUCAUAAGUGUAUUUAUUAACUGGGGAUAAAAAAUAUUUUGAUUCUAAA